AUGUCUAUCCAUCGCCAAAAUGGCCAGGACAAGGUCGCUACCUUCAGAGGCGUUUAUAUGGCUGGAAAGCCGGCCAACAGUCGAUGGAAUGUAUGUUGCCAAAAUGGAGUAAUAUCAUCUCUGUCCGAAUCUAUCGAUACCUCUGAAGAAGCUGGACAAUUCCUAGGUCCUAGUCUCUGUCAUCCCCACAUACAUCUAGACAAAUGCUUUCUUUUAUCAUAUCCAAAGUAUGCGGAUCUAGAAAUAAAGAAGGGUGAUUUUGCAGAAGCAAUGGAGUUAACUACUACAGCGAAGUCUAGAUUCGAAGUAGACGAUCUCAUGGAAAGAGGCAGAGCCUUGAUCGAAGAGUCGAUUAGCUUUGGAGUUACUCAUAUGAGGGCCUUUGUCGAAGUAGACCAUGGGGUUGGUAUGAAGUGUUUAGAGGCUGGCCUCCGUCUCAAAGACGAAUUCAAAGAUCACUGUUUCGUCCAAAUUUGUGUCUUUGCCCAGGAUCCAAUCUUCAGCUACGAUGACAAAGGGCAAGCCAUGAAGUCAUUGCUGGAAAAGGCAGUUGGGAUGGAAGGAGUCGAUGCAUUUGGGUCUACUCCUUACGUGGAAAAGGACCUUCAUACCCAAGAUCAAAACGUCUCGUACGCCAUAAACUUGGCGAAGGAUCACAAGCUACAUUUGGACUUUCAUAUCGAUUACAACCUUGAUCCAACACAAGAAAGCGUAGUCCUUGUGGCCAUCGACUAUCUACGCAGAUAUGGAUGGCCUUCGGAUUUGGAUUCCCCAGACUUUAGAACCAUAGUAUUCGGUCACUGCAGCCGGCUAACACUGUUUGAUAAAGCCGAGUGGCUCAAUAUAUCCAAGAAAUCCCAGGGCUUGCCAAUAUCAUUUGUCGGCCUUCCCACAUCCGAUCUCUUCAUGAUGGGAAGACCAAGGGAAGGGGCUGGUGGUGGUGAAAGGCCCAGAGGCACACUUCAAAUUCCGCAAAUGAUUGGAGAAUAUGGCUUCAACGGAGCCAUAGGUAUCAAUAAUCAAUGUAUAUCAAGUCGAGCCAAGUUAGCGAUUGGUGCAGGAGCGACUUUUAAUCAUGAAUUGGAUGUGGGUGAGUCUGGAGACUUUGUAGUCUUCGGUAAGGCCGUAGCAGCCACCGGAUCGAGUUCAUUCAGAUCAAAGAGGAGGACAAAUCAAGAUUUGAUAAAUGAUCCACCACAUGAGAGGACAACAGUUUUCCGGGGGAGUAUAGUCAGUCAUAGGUAG